GAAUCACAAGUUGCGGCAAGCCGCACUGUUCCGCAGUAAAAAAACACGCAAAAUUUAAUGUUUGAAGUGACGCGACUAUAGUUUGGCUGCUCUGUGAAGAACCCUAAUUAUUUCAUCAAUUAGAUAAGUUUAGUGUUAUAAUAUACAUUCAGUUUGAUUAAUUGAUUGAAGGUUACGUGAAUUUGGUUUUAUUCAUUGGUAAUAUUCACAUUUGUUUUGUGAAUUUGAAAGUGGUACUGGGUUAGUGCUAAACUAAUCCAAAAUGGCGCCCACUGCGGAGGAUGAAAUAACAUUACAUUUGGAAUAUUGGUCGGAUGAGCUGAGUCCCGCUCAAAAGGCGGCCUACGAAAAGGCAGAAAAGGAACACAACGAUGUCCGGAACAAGCUGAAGGAUUUAGUAAAAGAGGCAGGUGGUAAAAAUAUUUUCUCCGGUGAGGUCUUUACCGCCUAUCAGGUACUUGGUCCGGUUCCUGGAUUGGAACAGAUUUCAAAACCGAUUACGUCGCUGAAAAAGAAACCUCCCCCACCUCCGGUUACUCCGUCUAGUUCGAAGCGUAGUGCUUCGCCGGUAUUGGAAGGUGGAAAACGGAAAAGCCGUCGUUCGGAAUACAAAGCUGAUGAUGAUAAUGAUGGCGGUGAUUUUGCUCCGGACGACGAUGACGAAGAGUACAUUCCUCUUUCCAAACGGUUAGAAAUGAAGAAAAGGGAGAAGGCCGCAAAAGAAGCGGCUGCUAAGGAAGCGGCCAAAAAGAAGGAUGAUAAAAAAUACUAUGACAAGAAGACGGAUUUGAAAACUCCAAAGAAGCCGGAUAAGCCGCAGAGCAUUACGGCUAGCAACGUUCGUCCGACGGAAUCGACUUCUAUAGGUGGAUUGCUCAUUGGUGGAGAUAAAGAAAAGAAGAAAGUUACGGCUGAACCGACAGCGAUUGUCGAUCUCACAAAGGACGACAGCGGAAAGCCGGCGGCCGAUUCGAGAGAGGUUUCCUUCAGCAAAAUUCAGGGCAAAACAUUCCCUUCGUUGGUGGUCAUUGCAAGACCAUCUCUCCGAGCCUCCGACAAAGCCCCCGCCGAUCGACCCCAACUGGAUGCUAAGGUCAAAAAUGUUCUUAUGCAUACGGCGACCAAGUUUACCGAGUGGCUCAUCCAGCAGGGUCUGGUUAAGUCGGAACAGUACUGUCAGGUUCAUCGCGGUACGCCAUUGAAGUUGGGAAUGUACUCCGACGCGUCAAAGUUUCCCUAUUCGGGAGGGUAUGUUUGGAUCAGCGAAUGCUGUCCAACUCGCUUUAUUUCCGUAUUCAACGGAUCGCCAUUUGAGGGUUCUCCUCAUCCGCCAUCGGUUAUUCUUAAGCUGAUCUACCAUUGGAGCUGUCAGACUAAUGUUUCCAAUGUUGUAAAUUGGGUAAAAGUGGACAAUCUCUACGUAAAGGGCCUGUACACAUGGCUACGGUCGGUUUGUACCGUGGCUCUUUGCCAGCACAUGAAACUAAUGGGCGGCAUUGGCAAAAAAAUUGAAGUCGGAGUUAUCUCGCUUGGCACUACCACACAGGAUGGACAACAGCGGCAAGUGAAAGUUGAGGUCCUCGGAGUACUCGAUCCGGAAGCAAAGUUGGUACGAUUGCGGGCCGUCGAACCUCUCAGCGAUGGCGAGCGAAAUUAUAAGAAACGUUUUUCAAAAAUUCUCGAGCCACUUGCUGGCUGGGUUCACAAAGAUAGUAUAAUACUGACAGAUCUCACUGUGGACAAGGGCACAUUGAACAACAUGGGCUACAAAAUUGUACAACAGGUGUCCCCUUCGGAUGCUAACAAUAAAAAUAGCAAUGCCAACAUUAUGGACUAUUUGCGACGGAUCGUGCCACGCAUGUUCCAGAAUACGUUGUCAUUGUUGUCUCGACAGAUCAUCCAGCAGUUCUUGAAUGAGUUGGUUUGGCGUGAAUCCUACGGUAACUCGCCGGGUCAGACGUUUGACAACAUUGUGGCUCACAUUGCCGAACAGACGAAAAUCGAAACUAAAGACAAUUUGGUGACACGGUUGAAUAAGGCCGCUGCAGAUCCAUUCAAACACUGGACCUAUCCGAUCGAAACAAUCAACAUACCCAAGCCGAUGGCAAAGAGAGGGCGGAAGCCUAAAGAACAAUCGCCCCCGCCUGCAGCUCCAGAAGCUCCCAAAAAGAUUCUGUUGAAAAAACUGAAGAAGGAAGAGGAGAAGGCAGCUAGCAGCGCGGGCUAUCUGAACACUUUAUAUGGACCACCGAAGAAAUCCCGCGCCCCUCCGGAGGAAAAGGAAGAGCUGGUACCUUUGGAGCCAUAUUAUUACGGACAAUAUGAGCCACCUGGCACCGAGGUGAAGGAAGGCGCGGAGCCAAUUGCCUUCAACGUGACGUGCCCGGAGUGUCCGACAACUUUGCGCACCAACGCUGAAUUCCAGGAUCAUCUGUUCCGCCAUGCAAACCCUGUGCCAGAGGGGCAUCUGCAGUGUCGCUACUGUUUGGAGAACUGGGCCACCGAAGACGCCCUGAAGAAGCACACCGUACUCAUCCAUUCGCUGGAGACCAAAAACUCCAUAGCUUCUUCAUUCAACUGUUUGAUUUGUGAGCAACGUUUCGGCACAACGCAAAUGUUGUCAACGCAUAUGCAGAAAAACCAUCUUCAGUUGGAGCUGCCAUACAAGUGCGCUGGAUGCGACUACAAGAGUUCCUCCCAUCAUUUGACAAUUGAUCAUUUCUACCAAAAGCACAACAACUCCGGUUUGAUCCAGUGCCCGUUCUGCCUGAAGAUGACUCUGGUUUGCAACGCCGACGGGCCGAUCGCUGAGAACGUUAGCGACUUUAUGAAACAUUUGAAGUUACACUUCAACAAGGCGCUGAUCAAGAAGUGUAACAAGUGCGCGAUGAACUUUAUCACUCGUGGCGCGUUGAAGAUGCAUGGAUUGUUCGGGCAUGUCGUCACGAAACCCGCUUCGGCCGUGAAGUCCAUCACCAAGUCGGUGACCAAUGUGCCGAAACCGAAGUCCAAAAUAAUUGUUCAGAAGGAGUUGACCACGUUCAAAACCCUGGAAUCGUUCGGGAGCAUGGAGCUGCACAUGCCGUGCGGUAAAAUUUGUCUGGAAUGCGAUAGUGAUUUCGAUGAGGAUAAUCACAUAAUCGGCUUGCUGAAGUGCAUCAAGUGUUCCUAUAAAACGUCUUGCCUGCCGUCCAUGGUUGGCCACACGGCAUCCUGCAAUCCAAAUGCCAUCACCGACUAUGCCGUGUCGCAGUUGGAACUUGAGAUGCACUGCAUCUGCGGUUUCUCGUCCUCGGAUGGCAAUGCCCUGGCGCGCCAUUUGGUUACAUGUGACCGCAAAAGUGUCUACGCGACGGUUGAAGCCUGUCAGGAGAAUACUGUCAAGCGCAACAUGCUCGACAUGCUUGGUUUGGUUCGUCGGGAUGAUGAGGGUGCCGAAGAUGGUGCCGAACCAGCUCCUUCUGGUUCUGCUUCGACCGCCGAAGGUGAAGAACCUCAAGCAGAUCAACAGACCACGGACACUGGAAAUACAUCGAUUGCAUAUGAUCCAUCACAGUCAUUGUAUAACAUUGCUGCCACAGGCAACGAGCAGUUCAAUACUCAACUAUCGUUGGACGAUUUAGGGCCGCCAUCUGUUUUGGCUCAGCAGCAUCAGGAAACCGAUCGCACCCCACAACUAAAGGAUGAUUAUCAAUCAUUGGCAACUCCAAGGGUUGCCAGUAUGGAUACCGAUCAAGGUGAAUAUGAUCAACAGGAGGGUGGAUAUUAAACAGUUUCAAUUGAAUGAUUACACACAUUUUAAAUCGCUUGCAACUUAAACACAGAUUUAUCAUGCAUUAUAAUAUAAGAAGCAAAUGAAAAACAAUUUUAUUUUAUGCUUUCAUAUUACAUAACAAUAUAUAUCUAUAUGAUGGUAAAAUAUCCUGUACUAACCCAUACGAAAUAUAUUCUAUUCGUAAAUAUCAAA